UUCCUUGCAUAUACACCAAAAUUAUGCCCUUUGAAAAAUAAAAUCUUUACAACUAAGUUGCUACUACCAAAAACAUGGAAGAAGUAAUCAUGCACCAAGACUUGGCUAUAAUUCCUAAGCUCUUUCAAAACCCAACAACUUAUGAAAAGAAAGCUUGAAUCAUUAAUUAUCAUGGCAACUCUCUUAACUUGCACACACUUUCAUCUUCCUUAUAACCGACCCACAAAUUCUAGGAUAACAAAUUAUGUAUCAUCAUUUCCAAUCAAGAAUCAAAAUGAUAUUCCUUCACCCAAAUUUAGACUUCCCAAUUCAGCUCAAAAAAUCCAAGAAAGUCUAGCAAAAUAUGAGUUGAAGUUACAAACUAAGAAUCUUUGUACCUUAAUAGAAAAUGGAUGUUUGAAAGAUGCACUCAAGAUGUUUGAUAAAAUGCUCAAGAGAGAUACUUUUGUGUGGAAUGUAAUAAUAAGAGCUCUGGUUGAUGUUGGUUUAUACGACAAGGCUAUUUGUUAUUAUCAAAGAAUGCAAUUUGAUGGGGUUAAUGCAGAUUAUUUGACUUACCCUUUUGUGAUUACAGCUUGUUCUUGGUUGUUAUUAAUGGAUGACGGAGACAAAGUUCAAGCUAAAGUGAUAAAAACAGGAUUAAGUGAGGAUCUUUACAUCUGUAAUGCACUGAUUGCAAUGUAUUCAAAACUUGGUUUUAUGGAAUAUAGUGAGAGAUUAUUCAAUGAAAUGGUAGUUAAGGAUUUAGUAUCAUGGAAUUCAAUGAUUAGUGGGUAUGUUUCGGUUAAUGAUGGGUGUAACGCGCUCCUGUAUUUUCGCAAUAUGCAGGUGUUUGGCAUGAUCCCUGAUAGAUUUAGCAUAAUAAGUGCUCUUAAUGCUUGUUGUAUCAAUAGUUUUCUAGAGAAAGGGAAGGAAAUUCAUAGCUAUUUGAUCAAAAUUGGCCUUAAAAUGGAUGUUAUGGUACAAACCACAUUGAUUGACAUGUAUAGUAAGUGUCACGAUUUAGGUUAUGCUGAAAGGUAUUUCAUUGGCAUAGAUCGGAUGAAUAUUGGAGCUUGGAACGCUAUGAUAAGUGGGUAUGUCUUACAUGAAAUGCCCUUUGAAGCAUUUUCUUCCUUGAAGAAAAUACAGGAGGAUUAUAAGUUAGUUCCUGAUGAGAUCACAUUGAUAAACUUACUUCCCGCUUGUGCUCAAACGCGCUCUCUUCUGCACGGUAAAUCUGUUCAUGGUUUUGCUGUCAGGAAAGGUUUUAUUGCUCAUGUAGUUUUGGAGACUGCAUUGAUUGAUAUGUAUGGAAAGUGUCGAAAACUGGAAUGUGCCGAGCUUCUAUUCAACCAAAUGAAGUCAAAAACCUCGAUAUCAUGGAACGUUAUGGUUGCAGCUUAUGUGCAGAAUGAGAGUUAUAAAGAGGGCUUAGAACUGUUCAAAGGCUUCUUGAAAGCCAAUCUUGAACCUGAUGCCGUGAUUCUUGCUAGCGUUCUGCCUGCCUAUGCUGAAUUAGCUUCCUUAAGAGAAGGUGAGCAAAUUCACAGUUAUGUUAUCAAAUCAUGCCUUAUAUUCAAUCCUUAUAUUGAGAAUGCAAUCAUUUAUAUGUAUGCCAAAAUCGGAGACCUCAUUAGUGCACGUAAAAUAUUCGAUAGUCUGUUGUUUAAGGACGAUGUUGUUUCUUGGAACACUAUCAUCAUGGCGUAUGCCUUGUAUGGUUUCGGAACUGAAUCCAUAGACUUAUUCAAUACCAUGCUAUCUAAGGGAAUUCACCCAAAUGCAAGUACUUUUGUGUCAUUAUUAUCGUCUUGUAGCAUUUCGGGUAUGUUUGAAGAGGGUUGGAAGUACUUCAAACUAAUGAAAUGGGAUUAUGGUAUUGACCCUGAAAUCGAGCACUAUGGAUGUAUGGUUGAUCUUCUAGGUCGUCAAGGAAACUUAGAUUUAGCCUUGCGUUUCAUCGAGGAAAUGCCUUUAUUACCGACUUCUAGGAUAUGGGGAUCUUUACUAUCGGCGUGUAGAGCCAAGAAAAGUAUCGAAAUAGCUGAGCUUGCAGCAAGGUAUAUCCUAUCCGUAGAUCAUAAUAAUACAGGCUGUUACGUAUUACUUUCGAAUUUGUAUGCUGAAUUGGGAAUGUGGGCAGAUGUAGAGAGGAUUAACUACAUUAUGAAGCAAGAGGGAUUAGAAAGAACAGUUGGGUUUAGCACAAUUGAGAUUCAGGGAAAGAUUAGUAGGUUUGUUAAUUACGAUCAAUUUCAUGAGAAAAUUGGUGUGAUUUAUGAUGCAUUAGCUAUUAUUUCGAGGAAGAUCGAGGACGUGGUGUAUGUUCAGAACUCGAUGAAGUUUGAUCCUGCGAAAUUAGCGAAGAAAAGGGCGAAAUCCCCUGCAGUUCAUAGUGUCAGAUUAGCUAUCACAUUCGGUUUGAUCUCUACCGUUUUAGGAAUACCUGUUCUAGUUAGGAAGAACAUCAGAUUGUGUGAAGAUUGUCACACUGCUGCUAAGAAAAUUUCAGAAAUCACUCGACGAGAAAUUAUAGUCGGAGAUUCAAAGAUUUUUCAUCGUUUCAAAUACGGGAAAUGCUCAUGUGGAGAUUAUUGGUGAUGGGUAAGUUAAUCCUGAUCGUGAAAUGCAGUCUCGACUGUUCAAAACAGGCCUGAAAUUCUUCCCAAUUCCGGCCAAUACUCAGAUCAGCUGUAUUGUAUAGUUGUAAAGAAUAUAAGGUGUACAAUACAUAAAUGUAACUUGUAAGAUUAUAUAAACACAGAACUUAGUGAAGUUUGAGAUUAAUCUAACAUUGAAAUUCCUAUUUAAAUUUGUUAACAAUGAUUGGUGCAAUAUCAACUGUUGAGUCUCAAGUCCUAACGUGGAGAAA